CGACGAUUUACUCCAUCGUUUCUCUUCCUCUUCCCCAUCUCUCCCAAAACUCCAGAGUAAUGAAACUUCAAUGGUCUCCCAUAAAUCCUCGAUUCAAGAUUCCCACUGACCGUCCACAUCCCUCCUCCAGCUCGAUGAUAUCAUCAACCCCUCUUCAGAAAGCCCUAUUUACUCACUCAAAUGAAACCCUAUUUAUACACCAUUACCUUCACUCUUUCCUCCAUGGCAAACAAGACGAAAAUCCUCACCGGCGACGGCGAAGAUUCUGCUCCUCUUCUCUUCCGACAAGUAUCACCUGGACCAGGAGAUUCCACCUUGCAGUUUAGGCUUAUUCAUUUCUGGGUAGCUCGCAAGAAUGUCAAAGGAGGACCAGGCAUCCUUUUUGGGAUCGAGAUGCUUAUGAUCGAUGAAGAGGGUACUCUGGCUCAGGGGUUCAUCGCUCAGAACCGUCGCAACAAAUAUGAAAAAGAGCUCGAGCGUGGGAGCAUCUACACUCUGACAAACUUCUUUGCUUCCAACAGCAAGGUGAUGUUCCAUGUAGCUGAUCAGAAGCUCGUAAUUUGCAUCUCACACAGCUCUGUCCUCUCGAAGGUUCAAGAAAACAUUCAACGCAUUUUAACUGACCGCUUCAGCAUCCAUUCCUUUGGAGAUUUUGAGGCCAACUGCGAUCUUAGAGGGGAUCUUCAUGAUGUUGUUGGUCACCUUAAGUUGGUUGAUGGCCAGCCUCUCAAUCAGCGUCCGGUUCUAUGCACCAAGGAUGACACAACUUCUCGGAGCAUUACGGUUCAUUUGCAGCUUAAAGAUGGUCCAGUAAUGAAUGUCUACCUAUGGGACGAUGCUGCGGAAAAAUUCCGCCUCAAGUUUGAUGCUUGUGCAGCCACCCCAACUGUUCUCUUGGUCACAACGGUCAACCCUAAAAGACUCGGUGGGAAAUUGUGCCUAAGCUCCAUGUCCUCAUCCAGAGUUUUUUUGGACGAAGAGGUUGACCCCACCAAAGAGUACUUGAACUGGUUGACUAUGAACCCAUCUGCAACUUCUCCGGUGAACCCUGUUGAGGUGGUUAAAGCUGAGAUGCUCACUAUAAGUGAGAUUGCUGCCUUCGUCAAGCGUGAGCCUGCUAAGAUUGCCUACUUUGACUGCAUUGCAACAAUUGAUGAUGUCAAGCUUGGCACUGAGUGGUAUUACAUUGCUUGCAAGGAUUGUCGGACAAAGUUAAACCGUGGGCCUACUACACUGAUUUGUCCAAAAUGCUGCAAUGAAAAUGCUACUGCAGUAGCCAACUACCGCGUGGAGAUGUCUGUGUAUGAUAAUGAGGAGCAGUGCACUUUCAUCAUUCUUGGAGAUGCUGGGAAGGAGCUCACUGGCAGAAAAGCAACAGAGUUGAUCGACACUUACGUUGAGGAAAAUGGUGGUGAUUGGGCUGAGCUUGAGGUUCCACUGCCACAAUGUUUCAUUGAUACCAUAGGAGAGACAAAGAAAUUCAGGAUCAAGGUGGCGCCCUACAAUUUCAAAUCUGCAAGACUUUCCUUCACCGCUACUAGAAUUGUCUCGGCUGCAGUUUUACCACCAAAGAAUCCCCCACUCAACAUGCCAGCUAUUCCUUUUUCCACAACCCAAGAUGACCGUGCAGCAACUGAAGUGGAAAGCCCAGUCGUGGCUGAGAGCAGUGGAGGUGGAUCUCCCUAUGCAAACAAUGAUCCAAUUUCAGCCUCUGACGACCAGAAGAAACAAAAGCGUAUGAAGCGUAGUGGCUAGAUCACACUGCACUCAUGUCACUCCAUCAAUAGCUGGUACAGUCUGCCCAGUCAGUAUGCUUCUCUAAUAACAGUCUUUUUUUUUUCCUUGGUCGUUUACUCUUCUUCUUGCUAAGACAGUAUGUUAUUGAAAACAAUAUGGUUAUGGUUUUCCUUUUAAAGUUGUUUGGUUUUGCA